GUGCAAGCUUCCUGGCAGCCCACCUCAGUCAGCAUGGCGACGGGCGCUGGGCGCUGGCAAUAGGCGGGCCAUUAGCACUGGCGCUGGGAUGGAUGGUGUUCCCCGUCCGAGCUCCAGACGCCCGGGAGUGACUUGACGGCCAACCAGUGGAAAAUCUGCGAGUUUUCCCGAGCAUAUUUUCAACCUGGAAAACCUCACACCCUGCGUCCCCUAACGUAAUUCCCUCGACAGAGCUCCGAAAGGGUCAAUUGGCAGCCAUUGUCAACCCGCGCACUGUCCUUUCCAUCGUUCGCUCCCUCUCGAAAGCAGUCGCGCAAUCCAGGCAAUUGCCCACAAUGUCUUCCUCCUCAGGAGUUAACGUGCUGAGAUACACGGCCCUCGGCCUGGGCGUGUUCUACGGCUUCACACAUCAGCGAACGAUCACAGCAAGCCAGAAGGCUGCCGCCGCCACGAAGGAGUACGAGCGCAAGCAGAAGUUGAUCGACCAAGCAAAGGCUGAGUUCGCGAAGAAGAGCCAGCCCGUCACGGCGGCGGCUGCUGAUGCCGGUGCCAACGUCGACCCGAUGGACCCCAAGUUCGACCUUGAGGCCUACUUCAACAACCUGGUGAAGCAGAACCCGUAGACUGGAUAACCGAAUGGGGGGAGGGGACGGCUUGCACAACGGAUAGACAGGGUCAGGAUUGGGGAUACGCCUGCUCACGGAGAACACGAAUAGUCCUAACAAGGGACGAAUAAUCUGGUCUUUCGGCAGCAGUAGGUGCAUGGUAGGCACCACGCCCGAUGUCACCGCAUAGACAUUUCCUUACGUCUGUUUACCGGAUGUACAUGUGUACAAUACGCUCAACUAGAUGACAAUUCCAAGGAACGAGCCAUUGGAUUCCAUCAAUUACUUACAUUUUUCGCGCAGCCACUCCCCAAUCUCUGAGUCUGAGCGCGUUCUAUAUGCAUUGACAAUCGACACAUAGGUCCAUCGUGGUCUGCAAGACAGUGAAAUGCUGCUUUCUUUGACGUGGCUGUAAUUGAUUCCGGUAGAUGGCUGAAGGCUAUCGUAGCUGUGGAUUGGCCG